UAGAAUGAAAACUGAUCUUCCUUCUCCCGAAAAAAGUAAACAUAAUAAACAAAAACAAAAAGUCCGUUAAAAUAAACGUGUGUUUACGUUGGUGAUUUAAUUUUUACUUGAUAAUAAUAACAUAGUUUUUUCAUGACAUUUACAAAGAUCUAUGCAUGACAGAAAAAUUAUAAAAAUAUUUAUUAAUAUAUUUUAAAAAACUAUUAUUUAUUGUUGAUAAAUAAUAAUAAUAAAUUAAAUUUUAAUAAUGAAUUUACAAGAAUUUUCAUUGCCACUUGAAAUAUGGGAAAUUAUUUGGUCUAAUAUGUGUAUUGAAGAUUUAACAAGAUCAAAACGUGUCAGUUCAUUUUGGUAUAAAAAUAUUGAAAAAAUUGCUAAAAAUGAAGACUGGCAGAGCAAGUGUAUUGCUGAAAUACCAAGAGGUGUACUUUAUUCAUUGUUCAAAGAAAUAUGUGGUACAGAUAUGAUUGAUAAAAAUUUAAUAAAACCAAUUAUAUGGUUUAAAACAUAUAAAAAUUUUAAAUUAUGGCAAAGAAAUUAUUCAAGUGGUUGUGUUAAUGCUGUCAUAUCAAUUAACAAUAGAAAUGGAAAUAAAACUGAUGAAUUUUCUUGCAUGGCUGUUCAUGGUGAAAUUUUGGCACUUGGUACAAUGAAUGGAUUUAUUUAUUUUUAUCAUUUAUCAAAUUUACAAAAAUCAUUUUUUAUUGCUGAUCAUUUGGAAUGUGUCAUCAAGAUUGAAUUUUGGGAAACAGAUGAUGGUAUUCGUGGAGUAUCACAAUGUCAAAAUGAAAAGAUAAAAUUUUGGGAUUUAAAUAGAAAAAAAGAAGAUAAAAAUUAUUUUAGCUAUGGAUCGUUUAUGGUAGCAAGUGGUGAUACAUUGUAUACAACAAGCUGUGGUGAUGAUAGAAUUGGUGUACGUUCUGGUUCAUCAAUUUGUAAAUUUAAAAAAUCACAAUUUCAAGAAAUAACAAUGGGUGAACACAAGCUUUACAUUGAUGAUGAUUAUUAUCCAAUAAAUGCAACAAUUAAAAAUUUUCAAGCUGAAGAUUAUGGUGAUACUAAAAUUCUAUCAAUAACAUCAGUUGAUAAAAAUUAUGUUGGUGUUUACGAGGUUCAUUAUGAAUCUGGUUUAUUCGUUUAUGGAUUAAAAGAAGUUGAACAAUUACCUGAAAUUAUAAAUGAAUCAACAAUUAAAAAAAUUUAUGUCUAUGAUCAUGUUAAAUUUAUCUUGGCUAAUGAUAAUAUUUGCAUCAAUAUACCUGGAUGUUUAUGGACUAUUUAUCAUAAUAUUUUUAUGAAACUUCGUGGUGUUAUUAAAUGUCUUGCUUAUCAUGCAAAUCUUUUGAUACUUGGUUUAGAUUCAGGUGAACUUCAUAUUAUCAAAUUAAAUCAUCAAAAUGAGCUACAACAUUUGGAUUUUAAUUCAUGCAAUAAAAAAGUUUAUAUGCUUGAUUAUUUGCCAAUUAUAAAUGUUAAUUUUUCAAUGGGAUACAACAAACGAUUUGUAUUUGCAAUGUCAACAUCAAAAGUAUUUGUCAUCAAGCUUUAAUUAAUUUAUCAAAUCAAUUUAAUUAAUUUUACUUUCUUUUUUUUUCGUUUGGAAAAGUAAUUUUUUUGUUUGUUUUUUUAAUUAUUAAUUUUUGAUGUAUUGUCUUGAGUUUUCUUUAUUAUUUUUUCAUUAGCAUGUAAUUUAAAUAAAUUUAAUUAAAUAAA